UGUUGACAACAAAUAUUUCAUUUGUUUAGUUAAUAUAAUAUGAGUCUUUACGGACAAAAGUUGCGUGUUGUCUUGUAAAUUGCUUUAUUUGCUGAUUCAUUUGCUGUAUUCGACCCUGUCCGUGCUGUGAAUCCACUCCGGGUUUCCAUGGCGCCGCGGCCGUUUCCUAACUGUCAGUCGGUUGCUGCGCGAGGAGAGGCGGGUAAAAAUGUAAACACACAUCCAUCCUGAUGGAGAGUUUUGGUUUGGUGUCCUCUUAGACUUUAUUUUGUUUCUCUUUUCUCAAAUGUAACACUGUAGAGCUGCUCUUCUUUAGCUUCUCUUCACUCUGUUUUUUAAUAUAUAUAUCCUAAAUAUUACUUUACCCGCAGUUAUUGAGCGCUAACCAAACCAAAAGCAGCUACUCGUUAGCCAGUGAGCUAGCUAGCUAGGGUUACAGCUCAGCAGCUAAUAUAUCAUAUCAAUAGCGUAAGUUAACUGUUUCUACCGACCGUGUCCUGAUGCAACUUGAUGGAGGACUACGACCAGUUUGUGCAGCAUUGUUUCUCCCACCUGAGGAAGAGUGAGGAGGAAGACAAACCUCCACCUGGCUCCUCUCUCAUCCGCUUCUAUGGACGACCCAUCCUUCCUCCUCUGCUCUCAGGGGGGCAGAGAGAUGAGAUGCAGCGACACAGAGAUGCAGCGCAGAAAGCUGCUGUCCACAGGAAGAUGAAGGAUGAUUUAAGAAUGGCCUACGUGCAAACUAUCCUCCACAGUGUUCAGCUGAGGAAGACACCAACACUGGAGGAGUUGCUUCAAGAGUCGGAGAUUAAACCAAAAUCUUCAGAUUCCAGCGACACCAGCAUUGGAUCUGGGCUGCAGAGCCAUUUAUUCCUUGGAACAAAGGAAAGCCUUUUGCAGUCACCGCCACCUGAAGGCAAAGAGAAGGAUGCUGUUUCUUUUCCUCCAUUGACAUCAACUACUUAUAGUGCCUUUUUCGCAUCUGAUGUGAUACCUCAGCAAAGUGACCAGAAGGAUGGCCUUUUUAAACAACAUUACAGCCAACCGGUUUCACAACCGAGCCAACAGUCAGCGUCCUCUGGUUACGUGACCUUUGAGAAUCUUGUGAGCAGCUCCAGUGUCUCUGAAAGGAUUGAUGCAGAGAGAGAGAGCAUUAGCUCAUUAGAGGGGGAUUAUCAUAAUAACAUGGGUGGCCUUUUCCUUCAAAACACCUCAAACACAAUCGCCAAGAUGCCAGAUAUUUUCAGCCACCCUCCCAUAGAUGGAGAGGAAUUGGAGAGGAGCGGACUGGAAUCCCCAAUUUGUACUCAUUUUACUUUAAUGAAAGACAUCAGUUGCACCUCGCUCCAGGAGGAUUCAAUCAUAUGUGACCAUUUACAAGAUGGGACAUCUAAAAGCAGUCAUCAAGACCGCACAGAGAGUGGGGACAACUCUUCGUUUUCUUCAGUCAUUGAACUUGACAAUGAUCACAGUUUGGACAGAAUGGACGGCACAGUGUCUUUAUUAGAAAACAGUGGCAUGGCAGACAAUCUGGAGUUAUCACAGAUAUUAAACGCUCAUCUCAGUCCAACGACAGAGCUGCACAUUCAGCACAAGGACAUAAAAUCCGCACCAGCAGGCCUCCAUGUAGAUGAGGAAAAUCCAUCUGAGGAGCCUUAUCGCAUGAGCCUCCAGGCCUUGCUGAAGAAAUCCCAGGAGUACCGGCGGAGCCAGCGGAUGCUUAGGAACCAAGCCAAAAGCACUAAAAUGCAGGAGAGGACCCAAGAACAGACGAGAGCAAGGGCGGAGGAGCAGAGCCUCUCUGAUAAGGAGAAUGACGAAUUUCCUUAUAAGGGGACUGUGACCGCAGAGGGGAAGAGACUGAAGGAGAGGAGAGGCACUGUUAUCCCGCCAGCACAGAAAUUCUUUGAAAACGAUACAGCGUUUGAGAACGUUUUUGGGGAAAAGGAAAGCUUUAAUUUGGAAAGCACACAUUUAAAAAUAGUUGGAAAUACUAAUGAAAGAAUGAGUGUUGUGAAGGAGACCGUAAUCAAAAACAACAAGCUGAAUAUUUCACAAGAAGUCAUAACAGAGGCUACCCAAAUCAGUCCCGCCCCACAGCAACAGCCCACGUCAACAGAUUCCUCACCCAAUCAGGAAGCCUUUUACUUGACAACCUGUCCCAAAGCUUUUUAUAAUGGGGUAGGGAAAUAUCAAACUAUCCCAGCCCUUAAUUUCAGUUUGAGUCCUGUGAAAAGCAAAAGCACUAUCCAAGAUGGAGAAGCUCUCAAUGGGGUGGGGACCUCAGAGAGGAACGUUUCAGUCAAUUCACGUUUGAAUGAAAGCCACAGGGUUAGAGACCUGGGAGAUAAAAACAGUCCAACGUUAGUUGCUUGCACUGUGAACCUCCCGGCGGAAGGGGAUGUCACACAUAAGAGCUCACAGCACAUAGAUCAGCUCGAGUACGACCUGUCUAGUCUGAAAGUACUGAUCUCGGAUCUGGCAUCCACACUGACAGACAACUUGGAAAGCCCUGGCCGAACUGACAGCAACACCCAAAACGAGUUCAGAUUUAACAAAAUGAGGCAUGACGAUGAGGUGGAGCAAGACCAAAGACUCGGAGAGCAGCCGCAAUCAUUAGACAAUUUCAAUAACGUGCUUGAAGACACUGGAUCUGAACCAUGCAUCAGUGACAUUGAUGAACAGGCCGAAGAAGCUGCUAACGUAAGAGAGCUCAGGCUAUCCAAAUCCUUACCUACAGAGGGAGGAAAGGACAAAGAAAAAUCUACAGAAGCACUUAAAAGCAGUCAUGGACAGCUCGGCAGCAGAAAGCCCACAGCUAAGUGCAUCCUCUCUGUCAUGCAGCGGAUGCGAAUUCCCGACGUAUUCCGAAUUUCUCCGUCUGCAACCACGUCUUCACGUAGCGUUUCGGUGCUUUCAGAUUCCAGUAACCUAACGACGGAGAGGAAGAACGAGACGGCCGCAGAAGCUAACGGUUCCCGUUCGCCGUCUCUCAACCAGUCGUACGACGUGGACGCGCCGUCUGGCCUGUGGCUCCUCGAAUCGUCAGACAAAAGUCAUCUUGUUCAGGAGAAAGGUCUGACCCCAGAGAGUGGAGGUGAAGGUCAGGGCGGGGUAUCCAAGGUCAAACGGCGGCUGCUCAUGCAAAUGACGGACGAGACGAGGGAGAGGAGUGCAAAUGCCAGCAGAGGCAGCAGCCCCCGGGAUAUCCUGCCUGCAGCUGCAGUGCGGCGGUAUGAAGGCCACGGCGGUCAGGAGGCGGAGCAGGAGCAGCUGAAACAGGCCCACGCUGCUCAGGUCCGAGCACUGCAGGAGGAGCACCGGAGGCAGCAGGAAGCACUGAUGCAGGCGUUGGCAGAGCGCUACCGUCUCCUCCAGAGCGUGUCCUUCCCUUGCGCCAUGUCAAGCUCACGUCCCGAGGAUACGGCGACCUUUUCUCUCCUCUCUCAGCCCGGCCCGCUGUCGGAGCGCUGCCGACCCCUGCUGGCAGCCGCCGUGAAAGGAUUCCUGACUCGCAGGAUGCUGAGGACGGAGAGGGUGGCGCAGCUGGGGCGCACCGUCAGGGACACACACCAGUUCCUGCAGGCCCUCCAGCAGCAGAGCCCGAGCAGCAGACAGGACGUUUUAUUGCAGGAGAGAGUCACUCUGCAGCUGCGCGCCGCACGUUACGAGGUCCACGACAUAUUCUUCAGCCUGUCAGCCAGGGAGAGGAUGCAGCUGAUCGGCUGGGACAGGGAGCUGGCCAGAGAGAGGGAGCUCAGGCGGCAGAGUGGCCAUCCCAGAGGAAGGAGUUCUCUCUCAAUUGCUACGCAGAAAUCGCUGGAGAGGAAGAGGGGGAUGAUGAUUCAGAAAAAAGCAGCAGAACGACACAAGGGAGUGGUGCCGAUGAGUGGACACAGUAGUGGGUUCUCUGCUGAGCAGCCGCCAGAGACCAGGCGAGGACAGUUCAGAGCCAAUCCUCAGAGGGUCCCAAAGAGCACUCGCUCCUCGAGACCCCGGUGACACUUUUUAAUUGGCCCCAGUGUGGACUCCUAAUAAGGCCUCUAGCGAUAACAUCAAUAUUGUAAAUCUAACCAUUUCAGAGAAAUCCAAAUUUAAAGCGAUGCCUGUUGCUGGCGGAUAUAUUAUUGCUUUUUUUAUCUUGUGUGCUGUGAAAUUCCGUCCACUUCAAAACCAGAGUAUAAUACCGUGCUGACAGCCCUCCACUACCACAUAGUCUCACUUCAGUUUGGGUGAAACAUCAGCUGCUCUGUCAGUAACACAAACCUUUAUCAGGUCUGCUUCCAGUAUUUCUCCCCAUUUGAAGUGUACUGAUGCUGCAGAUGUAAGUGGGACAAGUGUUGAGUUGGCAAAACACUUCCCAACCUUAAGAGGAAAAGCGCUGACCAGAGAGAUGCUGUUUAUGAUUUGCUGCAGACAUUAUGUAAUGUCCUUGCAGGGAACUUGCAGGUGUACUGAAUAACAUUAACAGAUGAAUAUUUCUGUAAGCCAGUGGUUUCAAUCCUCUGGGCCGCAGCAAAUACAUAUUCAACACAAAUUACAGUUUGUUUUGAGUGAAUUACUGGAAGAUUUGACAUUCUCCUGCAUCUAAAACUACACAAAUAAAUAAGAAGGAUCACUCAUUGGCUGAACGUUACAAAAGAAGGAUGCUAUGUCCCUGAGCAGGCAAACAGGACACCAGGAUUCAGGAAUCCAGCCAAGAAUGAAGAUAUUCAUUACACCUCAAAAUUACUCGUCUGAAAGAGGAGCUUUUAAUCAGGUUGUAACUCAGCUUUGAUUGCACUGAUUUUCCAGUUGUCCACUGGUGCUCUGCUUUGAACGAAGAAUUCCUAUUUAUUUCCCUUAAAUGUUUGUGCCUAGUUUACCAAAAACAGACAAUCUCCCCCGUUUGUGUGAUAUUAACAGUUUUCUUUUAGGAUAGGGUGCUCACUUAUAUCAUGCUAAAAUGCAGCUCCAGAGCGUGGUGUUACUGCUCACUGCUGUUACUACUUGAAUAGUGUGUUACUCCCAUGCGUUGCCUUAGUUUAUUGGGAUUACAUGUUGGCCAAAACACCUUUGUAAACCUUUGCAUCAUCAUUUUGUAUCCUUAGAGACCUGUUGGACCCGUUUUACAUGUUAUUUAUUUGUAUUUGUUUAGUAAUAAAUGUUUCUGAAC